AUGUACGUAUAUUACAAGCUUACUUUCUGCUUUAUCUCCUUUUAUAUUGCUGGCGCCGAUCGGCGCAUUCAGAUCAUGCGCGCAGCUGCCCACAAGCAGGAGGAAGAACUGACACGACGCAAGCAGGCGCAAACAAAUUUGAAGUUGGCAACAGCAAGAAUGAGCGAUUGGCUUGAUGACAUAGAAGAGCUCAUCUCGACAGACGUACUGCCCAAACAAAACAAUACCUCGGAGCAACUUUCUUCUAAGGUGAGGCGUCGUAUUGUUAACUUGUUCGAGGUAAAGAGCUCCAUGUCCUUCCGUCCGGCAAAUGGAAAUCGUCGCCUACAAUGGAAAAUUAUAAUUUAUGGAUUCACAUUUGACCACAUUAGCUCUAAUUAA